AUGGGUGCGUCUCUUCCUGCUGCUGUUAACUCCUUACCUAUUGAUCCUCUUAUAGGGGCCCCUGUACCCUGUUUACCAGCAGCAGCAGCAGCAGCAGCAACAGCAGCAGCAGCAGGAACAGCAGGAGGGGAGACAGUCCCCUUAAUGGAUUUUCUUACAAAAGUACAAGAAGCAAUAGGUAGAUGCGGAGGGGCCCUCAGUGCAAUGGAGUGGCAGCAGCAGCAGCGGCUGCCGCUGCAGCAGCAGCAGCUGCUGCUGCAGCAAGAAUCUCAGCAGCAGCAACAGCAGCAGCAACAACAAGCAGCAGCACCAACAGCACGUAGGACGCGUCGGUGCCCUAAAGGGACUCGCUCCCGUUCUGCUGCUGGGGGAAGGAAAGCAGCAGAAAAGGAGGAAGCACAGCAGCAGCAGCAGCAGCAGCAACAGCAGCAGCAGCAAGUAGAUAGAAGCCAACACCUGCUCAGCCAUUCGCGUAUACCAACACCCAGCAACCUAACACUAGCAGCAGCAGCAACACCAGGAACAGCAGCAGCAACACCAGCAGCAGCAACAACAACAACAACAACAACAACAACAACAACAGCAGCAGCAGCAGCAGCAAGACAGCAACGGGCUGCAGCAACACGACGAAGCCCAAAGAGAGUUAGCAGCGCCUUUAGUACUCCCUCUGGCAAGAGGAGCAGCAGCAGCAACAACAGCAGCAGCAACAACAGCAGCAGCAGCAGUAUUAAACUCAAAGGAAAACAAGCAUCUGCAGCAGCAUCAGCAGCAACAACAACAACAGCAGCAGCAGCAACACAAGAAGCAGCUGCUGGUGUAUCUUUGCCUUUGUUGCUGCCUUCCCUGACCCCUGCUGCUGCUGCUGCUGCUCCUGCUGCUGCUACUGGUAUGCCGUUAGUAUCUAAUGCCACUAUAGGGAACCAAACGCAUGCGCCUCUGCCUCCAGACGCAGGAGUAGCAGCAACAGCUGCAGCAGCAGCAGAAGCUGUAGCAGCCGCUGCAGCAGCAGCAACAACAGCAGCAGCAGCAGAAGUUGUAGGUACAUCAAGAGAGAGGCCCCCCUAUCUGCAGCGCAUGCAUCUCUGUGUCGAGCGGCUCAGCAGAUAUGACCGGGGCCAGCAGCAGCAGCAGCAGCAGGAACAGCAGCAGAUACAGCAGCAGCAGUUGCAGCAGCAGCAUCUGCAGCAGCAGCAGUUGCAGCAACAGUUGCAGCAGCAGCAGCAGCAGUUGCAGCAGCAGCAACUACAGCAAAUGCAGCAGCAACUCACUUUGUUGCGCGAGCAGCAACGUCAGCAGCAAGCGCUCUUGGAGCAGCACCUGUUUCAGCAGCAGCAGCAGCAGCAGCAGCAGCAAAUGCAGCAGCAGCUGCAGCACAGCGCCACGGGACAGCGCAUUGCUGCAGGACCAAUAGAAGCAAUCUUAUCGCCAGCAGCAAGACACAGCUGCCACCAUAGUCACAGGCACCACCACCACCAGCAGCAGCAACAGCAGCAGCAGCAGCAGCAGCAGAGCCCAUUGGAUGGGCUGCGAGUAAGACUUCCUGCUGCAGCAACUCUCCCUCGUUAUAGCCCUGCAGCAUCGCCGCCCCACACAGAAAGGAGGCGCAUGCAGCAGCAGCAGCCGGCAGCAGCAGCAGCAACAGGAAGAACAGCAGCAGCAGCAACACCAACAGCAGCGGCAGCAUCCAGGCCAGUGUCUGCAUGCACUACUCAUGGGCCCCACACAAGUAGGAAGUGCGCUGCCUGCCAGCCUGACGGAGGCACAGUUUGCUGCUGCAGCAGCAGCAGCUGCAGCUGCAGCAAGACGCCUAUUGGUGCAGGCACCCUAUCGCGUGCAAGACAGCAGCAGCAGCAGCAGCAGCAGAGGCAGCAGCAGAGAACGUUUGGCGGUAGCCCUCGAACUGCAGCGCCUGGCAGCCCCUAUUUGCGACGACAGCAGCAGCAGCAGCAGCACCAACAACACAGCUUGAAGCAGCAGCAGCAGCAGCAACAGCAACAGCAGCAGCCGCAGCAGGAGCAGCAGCUGCUAGUAUUAGCUAUGCCUGGUACACCAAGACAGAGAAUCCUUCUAUGUGGCUCAGCAGAAGCAGCAGCAAAAGGACAGCUGCAGCUGUCGCCGCAGCAGCAGCAGGGUUUGCUGCAGUUGCUGCAGCAGCGAGCAGCAGGCACAGGGAGACAGGCAACAGCAACAGCAAGAGAAAGUCUAAGAGACAUUCAGCAGCAGCAGCAGCAGCAGCAGAGACGCAGCCAUUCAGAGGGCAGAGGAACUAAGAACAGGCUGCUGCCACAACUAAACAAGCAGCAGCAGCAGCAGCACAGACAGCAGCAGCAGCAGCAGCAGAACCUGCUAGAGGAUUGCGCCGCAAGCGACACCAGCAGCAACUGCAGCAGCGACUGCUGCUGCUGCAACGGCUGCUGCAGCUGCGGCAGCGGAGACAGCACUUGUUCUAGCGACAGCAGCAUAAUAUCAGCAGCAGCAGCAGGAGACUGCAGCAGGCUGCAGCAGCAGCAGCAGCAAGCCAUGAUUGACGAGCUGCUGCAAAUGAGGUUGAAUGCAGUGUAUCAGCGGCAGCAACAGCAGCAGCAACUGCAGCAGCAGCAGCAACAACUGCAGCAGAAGCAAUUGCAGCAGCAGCAACUGCAGCAGCAGCAACUGCAGCAGCAACUCGAGCAGCAGCAACUGCAACAGCAGCAACUGCAACAGCAACUGCAGCAGCAACUGCAGCAGCAAUUGCAGCAACAACAACUGCAGCAGCAACUGCAGCAGCAGCAGGAGCGGUUGCUUCAGAUCCCCAGGUGGCCGCAAGACAAUCCCGUAGGAGCAGCAGCAACAGCUCCUGCUGCUGUUGCUGUUGCUGCUCCUACAGGACCCUCUGCAGCAGCAGCAGGACAGCAGCAGCAACCAACUCCGCAGGCGUCUUCUUACGGUUCUGUGUCUCCUUCUACCUCUGCUUCUGCUGCUAUUUCUGCUGCUGCUGUUGCUGCUGCUGCUGCUGCUGCCGCUAAGUCACGAUGGUGUAUAUCCCCUCUAGGCAGCUGCAGCGAACCUGUGCUGCAGCAGGAAGCAGCAACAACUUCUGCUGCAUGCAACAGUAGCAGCAGCAGCAGCAAACGCCAAUGGACAGACGCAUUACACAGCUUCCUGCAAGCAACGCAAGGCAGCACGAUGCCUGCUGCUGCUGCUGCUGCUGCUGCUGCUGCUGCUCCUUCGUCGCAAGGGACACCCAGCCGAGCUGCUGCAGAUGUGGUGCAGUUGAAUACAGACUCGUCAGAAAUACAGCAGCAGCAGCAGCAGGAAGAGGAGGAGGAGAAGCAGCAGAGGGAGCAGCAGCAACAGCAGGAGCAGAAGGGAAAGCAGCAGCAGCAGCAAUCGGACCAGCAACAGCAGCAGCAGAAGCAGCAGGUCCUGCAGCAACUAGAGACAGUAGAUGAUGGGCAACUGCUGCUGGAGGCAGAAGAACCCGUCAGGCACCUAGUACACGACGAGCAGCAGCAGCAGCAGCAACAGCAGCAGCAGCAGCAGAUGAUGAUGAGGAGUAGAGACACUGCAGCCCCACAGAUGACUUCUGUUGCUUCUCAGGUGUCUCCGCAGCAGGUGUAUGAGAUGUCUCCUCUUUACCAGCAGCAGCAGCAACAGCAGCAGCAGCAACAGCAGCAGCUGCAACAGUUGCAGCAGCAGCUGCAGGAGCAGCAGCAGCUGCUGCAGCAGCACCAGCAGCAAGGGUGGGGUAAGAGGGAUAAGAUGUUGGAUGCAUGCAGCCAAACAGAAGCGCAGCAGCACCACAGCAAGGGGACACAGGCAAGCCAAGCAGCAAGCAGCAGCAGCAGCAGCAGCAGCAGCAACACGGGAGAGGAGCAGCAAGCAAACGGUCUUUGGAGAAGAACUGAUGAUAUCCCUCGGCCUCCAAGCCCCUCUGCUGCUAAUGCUGCUGCGGCUGCUGCUGCUGCUGUCGCUGCUGCAGCUGCAGCUGCUGCGGCUGCUGCUGCGGGCCCCACAGCCGUGUUAGGGCGCGGGAAACAAACUUCGCCACCGCCACCGCAGCAGCAGCAGCAACUGCAGCAGCAACAGCAGCAGCACCAGGAAAGUCUUCAUCAAGAAAGAUCGGUGGUGGUCCCACGGUCGUCGGGGCAGCAGCAACAGCAGCAGCAACAACAUCGGCAGCAGCAGCAGCAGCAACUCAGCCCGCCGUCGCCAGGGGAACACCAGCAGCACCUCCGCCCACCAUCGCCGGGGCAACAGCAGCAGCAGCAGCAGCAAGAAGGACAUCGGGUGCAUGCAACAGCAGCAGCAGCAGCAGGAGGGAGCACCCGGCGUUUGCCACGACCAGUAAGCGCCCCACACUACCCAGCAGGAGCAACAGCAGCAGGAGCAGCAGGAACAGUUGUUGUGGGGAGGCACAGCAGGGGGGCCCCUGGGGGCCCCUCAAGGUUCCUAAGAGACAGCACUGGUGCUGCUGCUUCUCAUAGAGUAAGAGCAGCACACAAAGGGGGAGAGGGGUCCCCUCAUGGGGGAGAUGAGGAGCAGCAGCAGCAGCAGCAGCAGAAAGUUGCUGCAUCAAUGGAUGCGCGGAAGAUGCAGCAGCAGCUGCUAGAAAGGCAGCAAGAAGUGCUGCAGCAGCAGCAGCAGGUACUUGAGCAGCAGCGGCAGCUGCUGCUGCAGCGGCAGCAGCAACCCUAUAUGGCACCUCUUUUUACAGGGGAUCAAGAGGCCUUAUUAAUGCUGCAGCAGCAGCAGCACCCAGCAGCAGCAGCAGCAGCAGCAAACUCCCCCAGCAGCAGCAUCAGCAGCAACUGGUCAGGCAGCAUUAGCUCAGGGGAGAUCAUUGUUACCCCCGCUAGUCAUAGACAAUUUGUAUGCAUGCAUACAAAUAGUUUGGGGGCCCCUGGGGGCCCCCCAGAAGGGUACUUGGGGAGCACUAUAGGGGGCCCCCCAAGGGGCCCCCCUGGAGGGCCACAAGGGGCCCCACAUAGUGGGGAUACUGCGGUAAGUGUCUCCCAUGGUGUGCCACAGCUGCUGCAGUACAGCCCAGGAGGAGCAGCAACAAAAAGCGCAGCAGCAGCAGCAGCAGCAGCAGCAAAAUCAGCAGCAGCAAAUGCAGCAUUAGAGAGAAGCAGCAGCAACGAAGGGUUUAAUGAAUUGCCUAUUCUUGUACCCCUGCGGAGGCCCUCAAGAUAG